UGUAUACGUUUGUCUAAGAAUCGUGUGCGGGCGGGGGCGUGUGCCGCAUUAUAAUACAUAUAAAAGUCAGUCGUGCGCCGCUCAGCUGAUCGAGCCGAGCUGCACAUAUCUCCGAGUCCGAGUUACGAUUACGUUUAUUAAAUAGUCUUAUAUAUAGUUAUUUUUGUUUUCAACUGCCUUUUAAAAUAAUGAAAUUCGACGUUAUUAGUAACUGAUGCUAUUUUGAGAAAUAUUUCAUAAAUAUAUCCUCGUCGAACAAUUACUCAACCUAAUGCACUCGGGGCGCUCGGCCUGCGAAGAAGUCAAAUAGAGAGUGGAAAAAUGGAGCGCAGAUAAGCACACACGCGAGCAUGAGCAGAAGAAGCGAGCUCGGCGGCGCACGAGUUUAGGGGUGCAGCAGCAGCAGCAGCAGCAGCACGACGCACGGCAGCGGGGGGUGCCAAAGCACAGCAGCAACAGCAGUAAUAGUAGUAGCAGAAGCAGCAGCAGCAGCAGCGCCAGUGAGCGAUAGUAGCGUCGGGUAGUAUAAUAGAUAGCUCGUGUUCGCGUCGGGGGUAGCUCGGCACUCGUGUAUCUCGAGUCUCGGCUGACUGGCUGCGGCCGCUCGACACAACGCACACACAGCUCGUUGCAUCGCAGUCGUCGUCGUCGUCGUCGUCGUUGUCGCGUACCUCCGAUAGUACCCGAGAAGGGCCACGAGAGUCAACAGAAAAACAUCAUCGUCCUCAGUAGCAGCAGCAGCAGCAGCAUCAACAACAACAGUAGUGGUUUCGAACAACGAUGGCCAGCACUGAUAUGACCAGUGAAACUCGUCACAGAACGAGUCUGCCGGUGCGUGGCCACUCGGAAGUCAAUCUCUGCUCGGUCCUGUCGCUGGGCAAGGACCUCAGCAAAAUCACGAUGCCGGUGAUCUUCAACGAGCCGCUGUCGUUUCUUCAGCGAGUCGCCGAGUACAUGGAGUACGCCAAGCUGCUCAAGCUCGCGGCCGAGCAGACAAGUCCAGUAGCACGAUUACAGUACGUGUCAGCGUUCGCCGUGAGCGCCUUGGCGUCUAAUUGGGAGCGGCUGGGAAAGCCUUUCAAUCCGCUGCUCGGCGAGACGUACGAGCUCCAGCGGGAAGAUUUUCGCAUAAUAUGCGAGCAAGUAUCUCAUCACCCGCCGAUAUCGGCGUUUCACGCCGACAGCGAGGAUUUCAUUUUUCACGGCAGCAUACACCCGAAGCUCAAGUUCUGGGGAAAAUCAAUAGAAAUACAUCCCAAAGGCAUGGUCACGGUUGAAUUGCCAAAAUGGAAGGAAUCGUACGUCUGGCAAAAUGUCAAUUGUAUUUUACACAACGUGCUGGUCGGCCAGAUCUGGAUGGAGCAAUUAGGCGUAUUGGAAAUCCGUCAGUACGGUGGCGCAAAUCUCAAGGCGGAGUUGUCCUUCAAAAGCGCGGGCUGGAACAACAAAGAUCUGCACAGAGUCGAAGGCUUCAUUGUCGAUCAGGAACGCAAACGACUGGCCUACCUCUACGGCAAAUGGACCGAGCGCUUGAAGGCGUGCGAAAUGGCGGCUUACGAGGAGACGAUUGAGAGGAUAAAGAGGGAAAACAAAAGUCCACAGAACAGUCCGGGCCACAAGAAGGUCCUGGCCAGGCUGCACAGUCUCAAGGUCGGGGCGUUCAAGGGCUCGCAUCAGGACUCGGUCGACGAGGCGAGAGACGAUCUCGAGGCGGAGGGUCUCACGAUCGACGACAUACCCGGUGCUACCCUCUUGUGGGAGGUCACUCCUCGGCCCUCCAAUUGCUCGGACUAUUAUCAAUUUACGACGUUCGCCAUGUCACUGAACGAGAUGGAACAGAACAUGCGAGAGAGCAUGUGCCCGACGGACUCCCGAUUGAGGCCCGACGUGCGCAAGCUCGAAAACGGAGAUCACGACGGGGCCGCGGCCGAGAAAACGAGACUCGAGGAAAAGCAGCGCGAUUGCCGCAAGAGUAAAAAACACAAGAAAAACUCCACCGAGUACGUCCCGAGAUGGUUUCAACGGUGCAUACACCCCCACACGGGCUUGGAGGACUGGGCAUAUCAAGGCGGAUACUGGGAUCGCAACUACAGCGAGAUCGAGGAGUUAUUUUAAAACUUUCGUCUCGCGAGUACUUGUAGUAUACCGCGAAUCGGUUCUUUUCUCUGUUAGUCAAGUCAAUGGACUCGAUCGUACGGCGACGAGGCUGUCUCUGUCCCUUUGAUACUUCGUCAAGUACCGAGGCUCUAAAUAGAUGCGUUUAUUUUCGUUUCGAAUGCGAAUAUUAUUAGUUUACAAAUCGAGUGAUAUCGUAUAGUGAAGUAAGGAUUCACCGUGUGAAUGUAGAAAAUUGUGCGUACCAAGAGUGUUCUCGCGGGUAGUAUACUUUAGUGAAAUCAAACCUGUGUUUGUAUGAAUAUACUUUUCCAAUGCUUGAAUUGUUCGGGUAUGAAAAUAUAAAAAUUUCUUAGAGACAUCGUGUGUGUAGCGGAAAAAGUCUUUGGAACAAUAUUUUUCUUUUGUUUAACUGUAAUUUUGCAACUGCAGCCAUUUGCAUUGUACAGUUGAAAGUCAAUACUGAUUGUUUACUCGUCAUUGAAGAUAUCGGAAAAUCAUAGAAUAAUGAAAUUCUUCCGCGCCUAGGUCUCUUUCGUCUAUGCGAUUAAUGAUUUCAAUAGGAAAAAAAAACUUGAUAGAAAAUGCGAGGAAUGAAAGUUUUACUCGAUCGUAUAAAUAAUUUUGACUAUUGAAUAUACUAUGUAUAUACUAGGAUAUAAAAAUGAAUGUUAAUAAGAAAUUAGUUCGAAGUUCAAUUCAAUUUCAUUGUUGUUAAAUGACAAACGAUCUCAGAAACUUUUUACAUUCGGCGACAUAACGACAACACUUCAAUUUGUAAAAUACAUUGGUAAAUAAUAGAGUCUUCCAAUUUCUGAUCAAUUACAAAAUUAUUACUUUUCGUGGAUAAUCAUUUAUGAUCGAUGAAAAAAUUAUGUUCAUCAAAGAAAUUCAUAAUUAUAACUAUACACACGGUCAACUUUCGAUCAACAUGAUUUUAAGAUUUAUGCAUGAUUUAGCAUUCAUUUUUAAUUUCUGCUUGAAUAUUCAAAGUAGCCUCGAUUGAAAAUUAUCAAUUACUAAUGCGAAAGAAGUACAUUUUUAUAAUUUACGUGAGCGCAUCAAAGAUAUCGAUAAACUUAGUGCGAUAAGUUAUAAAACUGGAAUGCCUUGCAAUUAUGAUGCAACGAGAAAACAAAAUUUAGCGUAUUUUAAAAUUUGUUAAUCGAAUCGCGUUCAUUCGUUCCUGCGAAAUAACUUCCAAAGCAUCAUACCAAAGAAAGUCACUUUUACAAAAAAAAAAUGGGGAAAAAAAUGAAACAAAAAAAUAUAUACUGUACACGUACGCAACAGAUUUAACAGAGUAUUACGAUUUUAAUACAUAAUAUAUUCAUAAGUACACUUUAAGACGCUGUUGCAUUAUACAAUAUACAUACAACUAUGUCUUGUAAUAUAAGUAACUAUAUAUAUUUAUCUCGAACGAGCACCUCAAAGGCGGGAGUAACCUAGCGAAGUCUUCAGAAAUAUAUUUAUGUGAGUUAAGCAAACGGGCCCUUCGACAAGACUUAUAUGGCAUAAAUAGCUUAGUCAUUUAAACUGCAUUAUUUGGUAAUGUCCUUUUAAAAAGUCUGAUUCGUAGAAAUUUUAUUAGACGAUUUCGUUUCAAUGUAAUCAAGUACACACGCGCCAUUUGAUAACAUGAAAUUCUACAAAUUUUACGCGAACUUUGAGCUCGUUUCAAGGAGACAAUUUGCCAGUCUAUACACUUUUACCACGCGUAUGCGAAAAUUAAUAUCAGCGGUCCGCGAUCUUUUUAUAACGCGUAUUAUACAUAUACUUUUUUCUGGGCGCGCAUUGAUUUCAACUCGACUCGACUCUAUAUACAUGCCGUCAUUUUCUGAAGCGACAAAUAUUUUCGAAUGCGUAAUAUUUCUGUCGAUUAAACCGAAGAACAAUCAAAAAUGUCAAUGAUUUGUUUGUAUACAAGAAUUUUCUAUUGCUAUUAAGACAUAUACCAGUUUGGCUGCAAUUGGAAUUAUUGGAAUUAUUGGAGGAAAAAUACAUAGUCGAGCAAGUUAUUUGUUUGAUAAAAAAAAAACGGAAAAAAAGAAAUCAUAAACAAUAGCAGCGAGAGAUCUGCGUUCUAUACUUUCCACGCGCAGCGCUGGACUCACAAUGCUAUAUUUACACACAUACACGUAUGGAAAUUUGUGCGCGUUCGCUUGUACAAAAUCCUGUAAAAUACAUACCGGACGAGGCAGCUACAUAAAAAAUUUGUAAGUCAAGCUGAAAGCGGGUAACGAUCGUCGGUUCGGUAUACCGGCAAUUCUGUCGACGAGAUAUUUAUAAGUAUAAUGCUUGCAACAACGGGAGCGAUAUCUUACAAAAGUUGCCGAGCGCUCGAGUUAUUUAGACGCAUUCUGAAAAAAAGUAGCCUUAAUCUGGAUUUGUACGUAUACGUAUGGCAAGCGCGGAAAGAGCGUGAGUUUAGAAUGGAUUUUUAGACUCGCGUCCAGCAAUUAUGCUCGCGAAGCUGUUGGCAGUGACGAAACGAGAGAGUUUGUUAAUGUAUAGAGAUAAUAGCAAAAUUAUUAAUAAUUACGAAGAAAAAAAAAACAAAGAAAAAAAAAAAUAGUUUCGCUGUGCGAACCACCUUAGGGUUAGACAUCCUAUGUAGACCGUAGAUGAUUGUAUAAUUAAUUCUUGUAAUAAUGUGAUGUUUAUUAAUGAUCAUCAACGAUACGAUGCAGUAUUACUUUGAUAUUUAUAGAUAUAGCAGUAUACAUAAUUAUAAAAAGGCCAUGCUAGUCCUGGUAAAUAAAUUUUGCUGUAAGCAGUGAAAAUUCGUCAAAAAGAAAUUCACGAUACUCCGAUCAGUGUGUACUUUUUUUAAUCGCCAACAUCUGUAAUCCUUUUUACACGACAUACAUGUAGCGUUAAAUAAAAAGAAAUGAGUUUGCUUACGUAUAUAUUUAGGCCACCGUUGGUUUAAUUCAAAAAGCGACGUUGAUCGUCGCUAAGCAUCUCUUUAGGCAGUCGAAAAAUUACUAACGACAUGUGUUCAACUGUGUCCAAGGUUCAUUAUCAUUACGCAGUCGUCCGAUAUGUCACGCAAACGCAUAAUAUGCUAUUAUCUCAGAGUGAGAACUAGUCAGAGAAUUUCCGUUUAUCAAUUACGUUCUGAUCGCAAAUGAUCAGUCAUUGGCAAUCCACGACAUUAUCUUUAAUUUUGCUCUUUAGCAGCGAAUUUCUUGCUAGAAAUUACAACACGUGUAACUGAAAUAUAAAGGCAGAAUAAAACAAAAUCGUUGAUAGACUAUGCAA